AUGAAAAAUGAAUGUUUGACCCAAGUUACUGAAUUUAUUCUCUUGGGACUCACCAACAACCCAGACCUCAAGGCACCACUCUUUGGACUAUUUUUAACCAUAUAUUUGGUCACACUGAUGGGCAACCUGGGCAUGGUUGUUCUAACUCACUUAGACUCGAAACUACAUACUCCUAUGUACUUUUUCCUGAGACAUUUAUCAAUCACGGAUCUUGGUUACUCUACAGUUAUUGGUCCAAAAAUGAUGGUAAAUUUUGUUAUGCAGCAAAAUAUCAUUUCCUACACGGAGUGUGCUGUACAACUGACAUUCUUUGAGAUUUUUAUCAUUACUGAACUAUUUAUCCUCUCAGCCAUGGCGUAUGACCGCUAUGUAGCCAUCUGCAAACCUCUCCUCUAUGUGAUCAUCAUGGCAGGAAAAGUACGUUGGGGGCUGGUACUGGUUCCCUAUCUCUACAGCAUAUUUGUAUCCUUACUUCUCACAGUUAAGUUAUUCACACUGUCCUUUUGUGACUCUAAUGUCAUCAGUUACUUUUAUUGUGACUGUGUUCCUCUGUUAUCUCUGCUCUGUUCCGACACACAUGAAUUAGAACUGAUCAUUUUAAUUUUCUCAGGCUGCAAUUUACUCUCCUCCCUCCUCAUUGUACUCGUAUCUUACAUGUUUAUCUUUGUGGCAAUUCUCAGGAUGAACUCCAGGGAGGGGCGGUCCAAAGCCUUCUCUACAUGCAGCUCUCAUCUGACAGUAGUGGUUGUGUUCUACGGAACACUGCUGUUUAUUUACCUGCAACCCAAAUCCAGCCACACUUUUGAAAUUGAUAAAAUGGCCUCUGUGUUUUAUACACUAGUCAUUCCUAUGCUCAACCCAUUGAUCUACAGCCUAAGAAACAAAGAAGUAAAAGAGGCCCUUAAGCGAACUCUCACUCAUGGACUCAGAAUCCCCACUUAAUACCUCAAUAUUCAGGUGCACACCUUUCAUACUGUGUCAACCAUGAGACAUGAGAUUAUCAAACAGCAGAAAUGUGCAGAAAGCUUAAGUCACUGUCUUCAUAAAAAUUUCUGUAUAAAAACCUCUUUUUUCUCUUUCCAAUUCAAAAGAAUUAAAAAUAUUACUAAUAAAAUAAAGUCUUCAAAUGAAAAUCAAGAUCCCAUUGGAAACUGUAGUUUAUAAAUAUGGGAACAUGGUUUAUAAAUAUGGGGCUUUUUGGUUGUUGUUUAAACUUCAUAUUGUAAAAGAAAAAGUAAUGUUUAAUUAAAACCAAACAAUACUUUUUAUACUAGUCAUUGUGAAUUAAAAUUAAAUAAGAUUUUGCCAUAAAAAUAUACCAGCAAAACUAGAGGCAAGAAAAAUGUGAUUAAUAUAAUUACAAUAGAAAAUCCAUUUAUAAAAUGUCAAAGCUAAAGGUAAAACAAAAGAUUGAACUUUAUGAUAAGAUUUCAAUCAAUGUAAGAUAAUAAUUUACAUAUCAAGGAAAAUUUUAUAUCUAGAAGAACAUUUCUUAAUUAGAAACUAUGAAGAGCUAUCAUGGGUAAAUUCAGGUUUAUAGCCUCAUGAUGCAAUGUUUUAAGACCAAAAAUGUCAAAUGAAUUAUGGUAAUCUAGCCAUAUACUGCUGCAUUAUGAACAUUUUUAAAAUAUAUAGUAAUGUUUAUACAGUGAAGACACCUGGUAUUGCAGGAACAAUUGUGCGACCAUCCUAGGAGUCUGUUUCCUUGGAAAGUUUACAUAAAAUAUCAUAGAUUAUGAAACACCGUAGUUCAUUUAUGUUUUUUAAAAAGUCAUAACACUUAUCCUCCAUAGAUCCUGUCAUAGACAGAUUGAGCUUUUAUCUCACACUUCUGUGAUCACAUUACUAAUAAAAUCUUUUCCUUGAUGCAUUUUCUCAAAGAUCUUUAAUUUUCUGCCUAAAAUAGGAAGCCAUUUAGAAAGUAAGCUAUUUAACAUAAAUUAUUUAGCAAAGAAAAAUUGGUAAGAUUUAGUCUAAGUAUUGAUACGGUUUCAUUCUAAUUGAACAAAAUGUGUUUUGAAAUCAAAAUACAAUUUAACUCUCUGUUUUUGUAUUAUUUAUCAAGUUUUAAUAUUUUUAAAAACUAGUAUAAGGAAUAAAAUCCAAAUGUUCGUGGCUAGUUUAUGCUGAUACUUUAGAGUAAAGAAAGCUUUCCAAAUAUUUAAAAUGUUAUUAAGAACAAAAUUGAAAACUUCACUACACAAGAGUUGACAAUUUAAAACAGAAACAAGAAAGGCAACAAGUAGAUAUUCUAAAAUGUGCAUACUAUAAUGGAUCCAUAGCUUAUCUACAUAUGAAUAAUUAGUUCAUGCUUAAUAUGCCUAUGUCUAUGUACUUGUAUGCAUCUGUUUUACAGGGUCUAGAAUAAAAUAAAUCCAUUGAAUUACAAGUAGGUAUACUCAAAAUACAUUAAAAAUAUGAAUUAAGCUAUAUUCAUCAAUUGAAAUAAUAUUCAGAAAUAACGCAAAAUAAAAGAUCUACACAUUCAGCAACAUUGAUAAAUAUCAAUAGCACAGAUGAGUCCUAUGGUACAUUUAGAAUAAUUUGUAAAACAAUUAAAAUUAAUUUAUUGUUUCUGGAUUAUGGUAUGACAGAAUUAAUUGUGAAACAUCAGGUGUCAUGUUAGGGUGAUAUAAUAUUCUGUUCCUUAGAAAACAUUUUUCAAAUGCCUUAGAUAUUUUUAUAUAUGCUUUCUAAUUUUUAAAAAUAUUUCCAUUAGUUCAUGACUGCUCUGGCAGGACAUCACAUCCAAAGAGCUUCUGUCCAUGUGAUCCAGUUGAAAUGCUAACAUGCCCAAGAUUACAGUGUAAUCUGGCUGCAAUACAGACACACGGUUAGUACACACACCUUUAAUCCCAAACAAUAAAAGGUUAGUUUUAGAAGAAAGCAGUGAUGUUUGGAAGUGAUAUAUAAUUGAUGGAGGGCAUUCAGUUGAGUUCAAGCAAUCAAGUGAAGUUCAGUUGAGUUCAGUCAGUUGGAACACAGUAGAAUGAGUGCAGUGCAGUGAGGUAUAAUUCAGUUUGUGUAGUUCAGUGCAGGUCAGUAGAAGCAGUUGAAGUUAGAGAAUAGGAAGGACUCAAAAGACUAAAACAAAUUGCCAGAGUUAGCUUGAAGCCAAGCAGAGUACUUCAGAGAAAAGCUGAGAAAAGACAGGUUGAAUUUGUCAGCUGAGAGAGGAUUUUUAGCCAAAACAGCUGAACUGAACAAGCCAGACAGAAUGUAGAAAGAACCAGAAAAGGUGAGCUUACUCAUCAGUAAGCCCUGAGAUGAAAAUUACUUCCAGUGAUUAAAAUUACUUCUCAAGCUAAACAAUUUCCAGCUGCUUAAAACGUGGCACCCAAAUCCCUUUUUCUUGCUAGGAUUUGAUCUGUCUUAGUGUUAGCAGUCAGGGACAUCCAUGGACAGUAAUUUGGCAUCUUUCCAACCAGCUCUCGGUGACCCAGUGACUAGACACAUCAUCUCUAGGCAACAUUUUUGUUCCUGUGUCAUAUCCCUUUGUGCAUGCAUCAUAGCCCGGAUAAAAGACAUCCUCCCAUCUCCUCUCUCUCGCGGCCUCUGAGUCCUCACCCUUUUCCUCAAUAAACAUCCCACAUGAGA